AUGAACGAGGCUGAAGGUGUUUACCGUGGACACUCGUGCGACCGCACGAGAACACUCAAUGCGAAGCGGCGCAGUCUGUGGCUGGCACGUUUAAGACGCGCCGAUCUCGACACCAACCGUGCCGAUAUCCGAGUCUGCGGCGCUCAUUUCGUAUCAGGCAGGCCAUCAAAGCUGUGGGAGGAGACGAAUCCCGAUUGGGCACCGUCGCUUCUGCUCGGAUACGGCUCGCGUCAUGCAGACCCUGCGCGCUACGACCGCGCGAAAAGACGGCGCUUGCAGAAAGAUGAAGCUGAUGCGGCGUCAGCGGCAGUGUCGGCGGCAAUCGCAGAGUCGAUCGGCACCGAUACCGGCGACGCAGUGGAAGGCCAGCCACCACCGGGAGACGAAGACGAAAGCGGUACCGAAGAAAAUGCGCCUGGAGUCGCUGCGCAGACGGAGCUAACCUCGGUGGGCCUCCAAGCUUUGGAAACGCAGUGUCUCGCGCUCAACGAGGCCCUUUACACUGCCCGGAGCGAAAACGAGCAGCUGCAGCUGUCAAAAGCAGCAUUUCAAGGAUGUGAGGCAAAAGUAAUUUUUUACACAGGAAUGCCGAACUUCACACAGUUAAACAGCUUGUUUGAACUUCUUGAAUCCCAUGUGUCACACAAUGUAAAUAAUUCAUUGUCAAAGUUUCAAGAGUUCAUUUUGUUUUUGAUGAAGUUGAAGCUGAAUCUGCACAAUGUUGACUUGGGCUUCAGAUUUGGGGUGUCUGAAGCUACAGUGUGUAGAACAUUUGAUAAGUGGCUGCACUGUGCAGUGGGCGGUGAGCACACUACCAUCAGCCAUGCACAGGACCCACACCUUCAAGGGACCAUCUCCUAG